GGGGGAAUGCGGAAGUGAGGCCUUUGCACGCCACAUGGAGCCGCUCCUGCAGCACCUGGAGCGCUUCUCUGAGGUUCUGGCGGUCUCCCGCACUACCCACGUAAGCACCUGGGACCCCGCGACCGUGCGCCGGGCCUUGCAGUGGGCUCGCUACCUGCGCCACAUCCAUCGGCGCUUCGGCCGCCAUGGCCGGAUCCGCACGGCUUUGGAGCGGCGACUGCACAACCAGUGGAGGCAGGAGAGCAGCCCUGGGCCUGGUCCAGUCCCCGGACUGACGAACUUCCAGUCCCUGGGGCGCUGUGACAUUCUGCUAGCUGUGCGUCUGCUGGAGAACCGGGCCCUCGGGGAUGCCGCCUGUCACCACCUGCUGCACCAGCUCUUUCCGGGCCCCGGCGUCCGGGACACCGAAGAGGAGACGCUGCAAGACUGCCUGGCUCGCCUCGCCCGCCGCCGGUCCGCUGUCCAUAUGCUGCGCCUCAGUGGCUACCGGGAGGAGGACUCGCUGGUGAAGACGCAGGCGGAGCUGCUGCUGGAGCGUCUGCAGGAGGUGGGGCAGGCCGAAGCGGAGGGCCCCAGCCGGCUUCUCAGCCGCCUGUGGGAGCGCUUGCCGCAGAACAACUUCCUGAAGGUGACAGCGGCCGCGCUGCUGCUACCGCCGCCGUCUACCCGGCCCCAAGAAGAGGAGUUGGCACUGGGCAGCCCCAAAGCACCCGGAAGGGGGAGGCAGGAACUGGUCCGUUGGCUUCUAGGAAAGCCGGACAUCAUGGUUGUCUUUUGUCGCAGCCUCCCAGCCAGCCUUUUAGCUUCGGUAGUAGGCCGCCAUCCAGCGCUUUCCCGGGUCUAUUUGGGUCUGCUAACAGACUGGGGUCGACAUCUGUACUAUGACCUACAGAAAGGCAGUUGGGUUAGAGCAGAGCCCCAGGAUUUGCCCUGGGAGGAGUUGUACGACAGGUUUCAAAGCCUCUGCCAGGCCUCUCCACCUCUGAAAGAUGAAGUUCUAACUACCCUGAAGUCCUGUAAGGCCCAGGAUGGAGAUUAUGAAGUCCCAGGGCUUAGCAUCUGGACAGAUCUGUUGUUGGCUCUUGGCAGUGGUACAUGAGACUGCACUGGGGAAAAGACAAGUUCUUGGUCUCACACAGGCCCCAGUGCUCUAUGGGCAACGUUCAGUUCAUUGCUGUCUUGAAUACAUGGUUUACAAAAUUAAAACUUCUA